UUAGUUAGGGCCAACUAGGAGUUUCAGAGACCGUUUAAAGUAGCUAGUGUUAUGUUGCGCCUAUAUUUAUUUAUCUACUAUGGCGUCUAUGUAACACGAGCUUAGCUCAGUUACUUUAGUACUAUGUAGACACCUAGCCCCGGGUCUCGGUGCUCGUAACUGCUAAAUACUAAUCUACCUGGCUAUGGUCAAUGUCGCUAGCUUACUUACACGUACUAAGUACCUACCUAGUAGCCUAAGCCCUAUUGGUUAUGAUAGCCUACCUAGCAGAAGCGCAUGAGUUACCAUUGACUUGACCACCAGCAAAAUGACGAGUAUGAGUCGCUAUAGUUGGAUUCUGCGCCAACUGUAUAUCUCAUUUCGAUAAAGUAAAUAUAGUAUCGCAGUUAGAGUUGUUCCAAGUUUGAAAGGGUUGAUUAUGGGCUUCACUGUCAAUCAACCCUAGGAAGUGUUCACUCAAGCCCGAGCCCCGUGAAGCCCGGCCACUCGCGGAUGAGGAUAUCGUCCGUCUCGGUCGGUGGUUACGGGAAUCACGGGCUGAUUGAAUUCGGGAGUGGUUGUGAUGUGAGAUCAAGGACUCGUGGCGUUAGGAUUUGUUGUAGUCUGCUCUCUAGAACAAUAUAAAUCAUCACAUCUGUUCUUAAGUCAAUCGAUAAUCCCAAGUCCAUCAUCACGUUCCUCACUUUCAACAAACAUUACCUUUCACUCUAUCCCGUAUCAGAACCCAACAUGGCAGCAGUAACCGCCCAAACCCCAAGCGUCUUCGCUUCAGGCCGUUUCAUCACUGAUUACAAGAAGACCGCCGACCUUAUCGGUGCCCCCUACUCAGAGGAAACGCUUCAAGCGACGCUGAACAAUUUCCCUGGAUUAUUCGAGCAAGGAUCUGUUAGUUGGCGUGCCACCAGCCGAGACAAUGACCAGCUGAACUACCGCUUCUACAUCCCCAGCAAUGUCGACACGAUCUCCAUGGCCGCCAAGGCCGGCUACAUCGACCCAACUCAACCUAUGGCGCGGCUGGCACGGAGCUGGAGCAACAUGUUUAACGGCGAGCCAGCAGAAUGGUGCGACUUUGAUUCCGAGAGGGGUCUCGCGAAGACAUGGAUUCUGCUGAAAGGUCUGCGAUCUGUCGACGACCUUCUGGCCGCAGAGGAAGUCCCUGAAUCUACCCGGGCGCAUCUGGAUACGUUCCACAAGCUCGGCCUGAAGUACUGCCACUUCGUCGCCGUCGACCACGAAAGCGGCACUCUGAACUUGUACUUCACUGUGCCGGGCCCCAUCACAGAAGCCCAGGCAGCUGCAUACACCGCGCUCGCCGGCGCCGAACCCCCGACCGCCGAGGAGUUCGCUGACAUGCGCAAGUACGUCCCCGAGCACCGGUUUGCCUUCGCCGUGACCAUCCACGGAAGCACCGGCAAGAUCAAGCGCGUGUCCAUCUACGCGCUCAACAUCCCCGAGGGCCCUCUGCCUGCCACGGCGAACGACAGGCUCCGACAGUUCUUCGCGGAGGCUCCCUGCUACGACAAGGUGCAGACCCGCACCGUGGGUUGGUCCUAUGGUAACGGCAACAGCAAGUACAUGAAGGGCGAAGCGAGCUACACGGGCGAGCUGCAGAACUUUGUUAAGAAUGCGCGGUUGCCGCCUAACGAAACCAUGGCGAAAUUGUUGGCAGAAUCAAAGGCUGCUAUGAACUUCUAAAUGGUGUUGGUUUUCCGGGGUGGAUAACUUCAGUGUAACUAUUUGUAACGAAUUUUCUUUGUGAUAGACCAAAUUUCAUAUAUAGCGCCAAUUUCAACG